UGUUUCUUUGGCGCCGCUACUAUCAAACACAUUUUCAUUAAACGCAACCAUGGAUAAUAAUAACUUUGGCUUUGUUUCCUACGAUGAUGAAGAUCCAUUCCUUUGUCCACUUAUUCCAAACUUACUUGUCGAGGUGGACCCCUCACUAGUCUUACCCAAGGCACAGCCCCACCAACAAAAUGAUCAUCCUUUUGGCCUUCAACACGGUAAUAAUGUUCCCUUCACCAUCCAAGAUCAAUUCAUGCAGGACAACAAUAAUAAUGGAGAAGUUGCAAACUUUGACGUUGAGAGUAGGGGCCAACAAACCAUGCAUGUUGAUGGCAGUAAUAAUAUUUCCAAUGAAGGAGGAGUUGGUAAUUUUGAAAUUGAGGGUAGGGGCCAAACCAUGCAUGGUGAUGGCAGUAAUAAUAUUUUCAAUGAAGGAAGAGUUGGUAACUUUGAAGUUGAGGGUUAUAAUAAUAUCUUCAAUGAAGGAGGAGUUGGUAACAUUGAAGUGAGGGAUACAUCAACGAUGAGGCACCAACCCAUGCACCAUCAUUUUUCCAAUGGAGGUGUUGGUAACUUAGAAAUGAGGGGUGGGUUUCCAUCGAGGCAACGGAAUCAAACUCAGCCACCAAAUGAGAAUAUGGCUCCACCGUUCCACCAAGGAGUGACCUCAGUUUCGUAUUGGCCCCUAAUACCAAGGCCAUUCUUUUGCACUUGCUGUCAAGUUCUUAGACAAAUAAUUCACACAAAUGGCGUUCAGUUUGAGAAGCUUGAGAUUCAUGGAACGAUUGGGGUGAUGGGGCAUGCUAUAAUCCAGAACCGGAACAUAACACAGGGUGAUCAUCCUUCAAGUGACCCUCAUCAAAUUAUUGAUUUCCACUACAGAAGCACAGAACAAAUAAAGAGUUUCAUGGUAGAGUACUGUACACAGAUGAGUAAAUUAGGGUAUAUUAUUGUGGAAGAUGUGUUGUCUACUUAUUAUGAGAUCCUCUGCACUGGAGUGGAUUGGGCUAAAGAUACUAGUGACGAAGACAUUGAUUUGAUUCCAUCAAAUGACAUGGGGCAAGAUUUUGAGCCCGAGCCUCAACCUCAGCACGAGCCCGAGCCUGAGGCCGUGAACUUGAAAAGGAAAAGGAGACGACCUGAUGCAGAGCAGAGGAAAAGAAUAAAAGCUAUGAAAUUGGAAGAUUGCAGCGAUUAUUUCCAUUUAACCAUUGGAGCCGCAGCGCAAAAACUGGACGUAUGCAUCUCUGCCUUAAAGAGUCUAUGCCGCAGGAAUAAUUUAGAAAAUUGGCCCCAUAGAAAGUUGACAAGCAAUAUGAAGAAGGUGGCAGUAUUAAGAAGAGCAUUGGAUUCACCGGAUUCAAGGACAAGGACAAUAGCUAGAGAGCAAAUUAAAAUACUUCAAGACGAAGUACUUGAGUUGUGUGUUGGAAUUACACCAACUGGAAUAGAAAUGGUACAACUCUGAUGGAUAUAUAAGUGGACCUAAGAUUGUUAUGGAGAGGACAAGUGGUGCCUGCGGGUUAUUACAUUUUGAUUUUGUUUAGAUUUUGUUGCUUUAGUGGUGAGUUGUGAGUGUGAAUGUUGUUUGUGUGAUAUUGAUUGGAAUUUCCUUUUUACUACAGU